AUGGGUAUAGAUCAAGAACAACUCUUCAUGGAAACUGUGCACAAGUACCAAAGUUUCGGUAUAGAAUUAACAAAUCAGAGUUCUUCUGAUGACUUUAGAGUUUACGGAUUGUACAAGCAAGCUGUCUCUGGAAAUUGCACAAAACCAAUACCCAAUCGAUAUGACCGAUUGAAUGUGAAGAAAUACAUGGCUUGGAAUGACUUAAAAGGAAUGAGUCAGGAUAAGGCUAAGGAACUCUAUGAACAACUCUUCAUGGAAACUGUGCACAAAUACCAAAGUUUCGGUAUAGAAUUAACAAAUCAGAGUUCUUCUGAUGACUUCAGAGUUUACGGAUUGUACAAGCAAGCUAUCUCUGGGAAUUGUACAAAACCAAUACCCAAUCGAUAUGACCGAUUGAAUGUGAAGAAAUACAUGGCUUGGAAUGACUUAAAAGGAAUGAGUCAGGAUAAGGCUAAGGAACUCUAUGUGAAAGAAAUGAAGAAAGUAAUGCAGAAAAUUAAUGAAUAA